AUGGCGUUAAAAGUGAUCAAGGUCUCUCGAGUUAGCCCUGCAACAGACUCGAUCGCCCCUCUCAUUCUCCCACUCACUUUCUUCGAUUUAAUGUGGCUAAACUUCUACCCUGUCGAGCGAGUCACUUUCUACAGACACACAGAGUUAUCUCACGACUCCUUCUACUCUCUGAUCCUCCCCAAGCUCGAGGAAUCUCUUCGCCUCGCCCUAUCUCAUUUUCUCCCGCUCUCCGGUCACCUCAAGUGGGACCCACAAGUGCCGAAACCGCACAUUUUCAUCUUCCCUCAAGACAUUGUGUCUCUAACAGUGGCCGAGACCACCGACGCAGAUUUUUCUCGCGUUUCAGGAAAAGGGCUGCGUCACCAGACCGAGUUACGCCCUCUUGUGCCCAAGUUACCGGUCUCCUCUGACUCGCUUGCUAUUCUUGCCCUGCAAAUCACUUUGUUCCCGGACCAAGGCUUUUGCAUCGGAAUCUCAGUGAACCAUGCUGCCGUGGACGGUGAAACUCUGGUAAAAUUUCUCAAAACAUGGGCUCACAUAUGCAAGUAUGGAGUAAUACCGCAAGAUUUUCAUCUACCUGUGCUUUUAGAUCGUACGGUCAUCAAUCUUCCAGCUGAGCUAGAACGGAAGAUCUUGGAAUUCCCGCCUUAUAACGGAUCGGUUAGACCCGCCUGUUCGUUUGAACUACUUCGUUUAUCUGGAUACAAAGCAAAGACGUUUCUAGGAGAAAACGGAUUUGUCAAUGGGGUCAACAUUCUCAGCGAUUCGGUAAGAGGUUUGAGCUCGCGAGGGGUUGAGUCAGUAUGGGAGUUGUACGAAGAAGGAUUAAAAGCGAUGGAACUAGGCGUACGGAGGCUGGUCGUUGGUGGGUCUAACAAGUUUGGGAUAUAUGGGUCAGAUUUUGGUUGGGGAAGACCAGUUAAUACCGAGAAUAUAAGCCUCGCUCGAAGCAUUCUCUUCACUAUGUCGGAGACAAGGGAUGAGACUGGUGGUGUAGAGAUUGGUAUCUGUUUGAAGAAAUGUGAGAUGGAUGUCUUUGUUUCUGUAUUUCUAAAUGGAUUGCCAAACUAG